AUGUCCGACGCGUCCGCCGCCGCCUCCUCCUCCUCCUCCUCCUCCUCCUCGUCGUCGUCGUCGAGAUAUGAACCGUCGCGGGAGUUGAAUCGUCGCGACUUGCGGUACGAGAGCGCUGUGAUCCUCGCGCCGCCGCCGUCGCGUUGGAAAUCCAUCCAGGAGAUCCGCAGCGCGCGCGAUAAGAGCUACCUGCGGUGGCCGCCGCACGUGAACCUUCUGUAUCCGUUCGUCGUGGACGACGGCGACGACGGGAAGUUCGCGGCCGCGGCGGCGAUGGCCGCGGACGCGCUGAGGGGCGCGACGCCGUUCGCGUGCGCGUUCGACGCGUUCGCGUUCUUCGAGCAUAACGAGCACAGCGCGACAGUUUGGAUGCAUCCGUCGUCGCGACCGAUGAGCGGUCGCGGCGGCGCGUCUUCCGACGAAGCGAAACAGCCCGGCACCCCGGAGGACCCGCCGGUGUGCGCGGACGUCGUGCGCGCGCAGCUUCUGCUCGAGACCGCGUUCCCGUUCGCGCACGACCAGAGCUCGAAAACCCCCGGGGCCCCGAAGCGUUUCACGCCGCACAUGAGCGUCGGCCAGUGGCCCGCCGCCGCCGCCGCCGCCGCCGCCGCCGCCGCGUUCGAGCGCGACUUUCGAGACGCUCCGCCGAUCGAGUUCGACGUCGACGCGGUGUAUUUCAUAUCGAGGAAAGGACCGGACGCGCCGUUCGAGUUCAGAGCGAGGGUGCCGCUGGGCGGCGGGGACGUCGAGAUGAUUCGCGACGCGGACCGCCGAGACGCGUCGGACGACGACGACGACGACUACUUUUGGCGCCGGCCGUAUCGACCCAAGCCGCCGCCCGAGGGAGCGCGGUGUUUGCAGCCGAAGCCGAAGCGACGACGGAACCGGAACCGGAACCGAAGCGGCGGGAGAGGGGGAGGGAGGGGCGGCGGGGAUGGGGAGACGGGGACGGGGAGGGGCGGCGGGGAUGGGGAGACGGGGACGGGGAGGAGCGGGGAGGGGUGA